CGCACACGCACUAGCACCAGCUCCACGGCGCAAAUCCAGUCCAAUCCACCGUACCAACGCUAACUAGGGACCUCAGCCACUGGCAGCCAAGCACGCCGGAGGGAGAUCGCGGAGGAGGAGGAGGCCGCGUGCCGGAGUCGGAUCGACCGGCCCGGCCGCGCGGCGGAGGCGGCGCUGCGCGUCCCAUCCAGAUCGACGGGCCGCCCGCGAGGGGUUGGGAGCCGCGGCUUCGGACAAGGGCGCCGCCACCCGGGGCGCGUUUGGGCGGCGAAUCGCUCGAAAUCCCGAUCUGAAACGGAGGGCAUGGAGCAGCCAGUUAGUUCGGCUGGUUCUUCGAAUACGGAACCUUCGGUGCGCAAGAGGAAGAAGCAUUCCACUUCCCCGGAACUCAUUUCCAGCAGCGACGACGAAGAUGAUUUCAUUCCCCCACGGCGAUCCAAGCAUAAGAAUACCCAUGAAUCAAAGGCUGCCAAGGCUAAGAAAGUCUCCAACAACUCUUCCACCAUCCCCACAAAAAAUGACGAGAAGAAGAAGAAGAAGAAGUGUCGUCCCACCAUAAGGUGUGCUCCAGAGUUUAUUAAAUCAGCGAUUGAAAUUCUAAAAGAUUGCCAGAGGAAAAGGAUCAAGAAGUUAGGUUUUGGGUGGGUGCUCAGUUUGACUGUUGAUGCGCUCCGGACAAGGAACCUGCCCGUGUUUCUAAUGGACAAUACAAGUGAAUCCCUUGUGAUCAAUGUUGGCACGCAAGGUGGUCUUAAGAUUACACCCCAUGCUGUGCAUUGUGUCCUUGGCUUACCCAAUGGCGGCAUAGAUCCACCUCCUUUCUCCUGUGCACAAAAAAGAGAGCAACUUUUGACGCUCAAGAAACUACUUGGUGUCCCUAAGCAGAAAAACAUUGAUUUUGAAGUCUUGUACCAACGCAUACGCCUCGGGGGCGAUGACGACUUGACGAUAAGAUGCUUCAUUAUAAUUGUGUUCAAUCGUCUCUUAUUCCCCACUACGAGUAAAUAUAUCACAGGGAGGGAUGCGGCUUGGACUUCUGACUUACACAAUCUCCCAAAUAUUGAUUGGUGCAAGGUCCUUGUUGACGACAUUAGCCACGCUGUAAUUUCCUGGAAGUCCAAGAGAUUGGCUUAUCCCAAGAGAUUGGCUAAUUCCAAGAAAUUGUCUGAACCAACCCUGUCCCUCACUAGUUGCACCCUCUUUUGUAUUAUUUUUUAUUUGGACAACCUAUUAAGUAUGAAUCGGCUUGAUGCAAUUGAAAUCCCACGUAUCGCACACUUCACCAAUGAUAUUAUAGCGAAUAUCUUGCAUGAGGAUACACAGAUAGCUAAUGGCCUUGAAACAUAUGGUAAACUUGCGCUUAGGCCCAAGGAGGGUACCUACUAUUUCGAGGAUUCCCAAUCUCAGCUCUUAUUUACAGCCUGUCCACCUUCCCCGCCGCCUACUGUUCGAGUUCUCACAAAUUAUAGUGACAAUCGUGCUUCAGUUCAUGAUGGAUCAUCUGGUGAACCCAAUGUUAGUAAGGAGGUGCCUGCAAAAUUUGAUCAUUUAUCUCCGUCCGGACAACCCUCCCAAACUGUUGAGACAUUAGAGACAGGACGUAGUGCCCUUGCCCCAGUUAUACCAAGGUUCUGAAUAUGAUGGAUCUAGAUGUCCAUGUUGUGAUGAGAUCUGUUCAUCUAUGAGAUGAUGGAGGAAACAAAUCUUGAUGUUAGGCACAAGACCAAUGCUACAAUCCUACCUGACAAGAAUCAAGCUCGAUCACCUUCCCUGCUGCCUACUGUUGACAGCAGCAGAGAUGAUCUGGACAACUCUGCUUCAGUUCAUGAUGGUUCAUGUGGAGAUAAAACUCUUAACUGCAGCUCACGGAGACAUUCACACCAGGCAGGGGAGCGUGUUUAUGACCGCCAAUGCUGUCAGAACAGAUUAUCUCUCCCUGGAGCAAGAACGCAGAAAAUCUCCAAGAGAUAGCCAGCAGUUGCGGUCCAACGGGCCUUCCUCCAAACCUCAGGCUGCCCAAACUACGGAGGGGACGCAAGUUGCUCCAGGCACCUCCAUGGUAAGAAACAGGGGUUCUCUGUUGACGAUGGAGAAAGGCGAUCGGAAGGCCAGAGUGGAAACAAGUUUGCUUGACUGCCGCCUCUGCUUCCGCCCCUUAAAGCCUCCUGUCUUCCAGUGCAAUGGCGGGCAUUCAGCUUGUGGCACAUGCCUUGUCGAGCUCCCUGGCGGACAGUGCCCGAUGUGCAAGCAUGGCGGUGGAGGCUUUGCCCCCUGCCUUGCAAUGGACGGCAUCGUCUCGUCGGCAACGAUAAAGUGCUCCCACGAUGGCUGCCAGAGCCACGUCACCUACCAUGAGCAUGACGAUCACCAUAGUGCGUGCCCACACGCACCCUGCUUCUGCACGGAGCCGGGCUGCAGCUUCGCCGGCCCGCCACCGGCGCUCCUCGGCCACCUUGCCACCCUGCAUUCCUGGCCUGUGCACAAGAUUGAGUACGGCAAGGUUCUCUGGCUUCAGGUUCCGGUGUCAGAACCGCGGCGUCUGCUCCUCGCGGAGGACGGCGGCGUGUUCCUUCUUGUUGUGGGCUUGCUCAAUGCGAUCACUGUUGUGUCAGUGGUGUGCAUCAGGGCCAGCACGUCCCCGUCGCUGCAGUACCCAGCCAUGAUGUGGGCAUAUGGUCCGCCGGACGUUGCAGGCGUCAGAUGUAUGGUGGACACGGAGGCGGUGACGAGCAGCUCCAAGCCCCGCGAUGUCGUCGCGGAGAAGCUGCCAUUCGUCUUGCUUGUGCCGCCUACGCAUGUGUUUGGGGCUGGGGCAUCCAAGGAGUUGUCUCUUGAGAUUCGAGUUAACAAGAUGUGAUUCUGAACUUAGUUUAGUAAGAAUUAGUUGGAACCGGAGUAGUAUGUGAUUGGUAAGUAAUGCUGCCUUUUGGUUGCAAUUAGGAUGUGUUGUUGCAGCUAGUGUUUUGGUAACCGUGAUCCAAUGCUAUGUGUUGCUGGCUUGCUGCUCCAUACAAUGCGGCCAUUUCUGUGAAUGUAGCAACAAGACAGUUUUCAAUGAAUGGAAGUGCGCAUUGUUUAACAUA